UCAAACAUAUUCUCUUGCUGGUCUCUCUCUCUCUCUCUCUCUCUCUCUCUCUCUCUCUCUCUCUCUCUCUCUCUCUCUCUCUCUCUCUCUCUCUCUCUCUCUCUCUCGCUAGCUUCCUAGAUCUGUUCUCCCUCUCCUCUUCGAUCAGAUCAUUCCCUGCAUGCUAUCAGGGAUCGAUGCAUCUUUCUUGAUUAAUUCUUGUACAAAGCAAUACCCACAUCCGCACACAUGCCAUCCACAAGAUACAUAUAUGCUACCUUCUUAGUCUGUGAUCUACUAGUUGCCUAGCUAGCUACCUUAUUUAUUGAUUGUUGCAACAAAAAGGCAGGCAGGCCACCUCAAUCACCCGCGCGCCUAUGAACUCCACAGCGAUGGAUCAAAUAGCAGGCAAGUACUGGGGCUUGUGGGGGGCAAGGAGAAGCGGCAGCAGCAGCCCUGCGAGCUCCAUCCCCUCUUUUGCGGCGGCGGCGGCGUACGGCAGUGAGCCGUCGUGGGAGGAGCAGGCGUUCGCGCGCGACGCGGCGCCGCACCUCGGCGGCUGCGUGUGGCCGCCGCGCUCCUACUCGUGCAGUUUCUGCCAGCGCGACUUCCGGUCAGCUCAGGCGCUGGGCGGCCACAUGAACGUCCACCGCCGCGACCGGGCCCUUCUCCGGCAGGGCUCGUCCCCCGACGACGUCCAAGAAGCUUCCUGUGAGCAACCACACCAAGGGCCUUUCUUGCACAGGGCAGCCUCUAACCCUAACACUACUAGUAGUAGUAUUGUCGUCAAUACAGCAGCCAAGGGAGAUGUGAACGUUAUUGGUACCGCUACUUCUCCUUCCUACCUAGCAACCAUCAUCAAGGAGAGCAAGAAAAAGCUCUUCAUGUCGGUACCGUCGUCCAUGGCGCUGAGAGAAGCUAUAGAUCAGUGCAGCCAUGACGACGAUGUGGAGUCUGGGAGGAUGAAGAGGAGGCGUCUGGAUCAUCCACCGGCGGUGCUUCCGAUCUUUGUGCAGCCGACGGCGUCGGCUUCCGAGGUGGCAGCAAGUGAAUCACAGGGGUUACAAGGAGUUGAUCAUGAUGCAAAGGUACCAAAAACAAUAAUUGCAUGCCCUAACUCUAGUUCCCCUCUUGUGGAUCAACAAGAAGUAGAUCUAGAGCUUAGGCUUGGGACUACUCCAAAAGUUACAUGAUAUAAGCUAGUGAUUUUGAAUGCAAAAGAAGAACAAUCUAUUCAGACUUUAAAAGAAUUAAUUGCUCGUACAUCUCGAUUGUUGCUUCCCCCUUUUAUCUUCUUUCUCCUUUUCCCCUUUUUCUUUCUAGUGUCUCUUUGGUCAAUUCGUGCAUUUUUGGCCAAAGGGCUGGUUUGCAUAUCUCUAUUUCAAUCUCAGUUUUUGCACGUUGCAAUACAUAUGCAAUUGUUGUUGAACAAGUUAUACAUGUGAGGGGUUCAUUUCGAAUUCUUGUAUCCUGUUGAAUCGAUAUUUAUUGCUCAUA